GGACGUGGUGGUGGGGGGAGGGCUGAUGAGCCAGCGCGAUUGCCCAGCCCGGCCUUGGACAGGAGGCCUGAUAAGAACCAUUCGCCCCCACGUAGGCUCACGUCUCUACCGUUGACGUGGGGGCAAUGGUAUUGGCCUGGGGGCAGGGCCCCAUGCUGGGGAGGCCUGUUGGAGGCCCGGUUGGGUUUCCCUCCCUGUGGCCUCCUGGGGAGAGGCCUGGGCUGGCAGUUGCCCUACCUGGGCUCCCCAUCUGGAGAGGGAGGGGUAGACGGCAGCCACGGGUUUCGGGGAACUACAUGUGGCCCCGCAUGGGACCGUGUGGGUGGGCUGGGGAGAAGGGCCUCGACCUCUGGCCUCUGGGACUUUGGCCUCUGAGUGCGGGGUCUGGAUGGGAGGUGGGGGCAGGGCUUGCAAACCCCCAGGAGGCUGGGGGGUGGGGCCACCUCUGGCCCAGUUUCCUGGGAGCCCAGCCCAGCCCCGAGAUUCCUGCGAUGGGUGUGCCCAACUUCCGGCCGGGUGUGGGCGGGCACAGGGCUCCUGGAGGCAAAAAGGCAGUUCCCGCCCUUCCCGCCGCCAGAGCCUGCUGGAGUGCGCCACGGAGAACUUGCUGGGACGAGGAUUCCCUCCCAGCGCCAUGUGCGAGGUCCAGAACCAACCACGUGGCGAGAGUGAAGCUGACCUGCCCGCCGGACCAUCCCUGCCUGUUCCCCCAAAGCCAGCCGUCCACAGAGGGCGGGGGUCGUGGUGGGGGCGGCAGGGGCAUCGCGUCACCGUCAAGCGCGAUGGCCGUGGUUUUGCUGGUGCAGAUCCUGCCGUUGUUCGUGACCAGCCUGGCCCAGCGGAGCCCCAGGAUGUGGCUCAUCCCAAAGCCCCCCAGAAAGGGGGACCCGUCACGGCCUGCGGGAGACCCCGCUGCACUGCCCAACCCAGGUGAGAAGGACUUUGGGAGGCGGGUGGCCUGGCCAGGGGGGGAGUGUGGGCUCGUCUGUCAGGGACCCCAACACCAGGCCCCCUCGCAGCCUGCAGCCUGCAGCCGAGCCCAGGGUACCCGAGGGCCCUCCUGGCCCCUCUCUCGCCAGGGCAGGUGGCUGCUUGCAGAGUGGACACUGCUCCCUGCAGCCAGGGGACCCCCCCCACACACCUCCCCCCCCAUCCCUGCAGCCUUUGUUUCCUGGGGGCGCCGCGAAA